CGGUCUGCAAAUGAGAACUAUGAAAUUUCGGGAUAAGCUCCUUAUCACGGAGCGUUUGUCUUGGGAGCGGGCGUCGCCGAGGUGAAUACUGUCAGGCCAGGACAUGAUCAUGAGAAGGACUUACACCCUCCUUCGCCUCUUUCUAUAACAGACUGCAGCAAUUAGAAACUCUAGGCUGUCAUCGAUUCCCUGAAACAUCACAUUGCGCGAGUAUCAACCGGUGGCGCUGGCUAUUUUCAAACAAGAGGGGUGUAAACACAGCAGUAAUAGUGACGCUCAAGAAGCUUCCAUCACGCAUUCAGCAGACCGAGACAAUCACAGCAAUGUCGUCGAAAAAAGAACAAGCCAAGACUCACAAAUUAGCCCUGCGAGGGUCCUCGAAAAUCGUUUCCGAGUUCUUCGAAUAUUCAAUCAAUACCAUACUGUUCCAGCGAGGCGUAUACCCCGCGGAGGACUUCUCAGCGGUCAAGAAAUACGGCUUGACAAUGAUGGUGUCGGCAGAUGAUCAGGUCAAGGCAUAUAUCAAGAAGAUCAUGACUCAAUUGAAAGAUUGGAUGUACGGGAGCAAAAUUUCGAGUUUAGUGGUGGUCAUAACAAGCAAAGAGACAGGCGAGAACGUUGAGCGAUGGCAAUUCGACGUAAAUAUAUACGGGAAAUCAUCCAAAUCGAAAUCGUCCAAGAAGAGUACGGACAAAGAGAAUUCCAGUGGGGACGCGACUGCAGAGGCCGAGCCCGAAAAGACAGACCAGGAGAUACAGCAGGAAAUCCAAGCUCUCUUCCGCCAGAUCACUGCCUCUGUGAGCUUUCUUCCUAUGCUUGACGCAGAUUGUACAUUCAACGUACUGGUAUACGCCGAUGCAGAUUCGGAGGUUCCGGCCGAGUGGGGUGACAGUGACGCGAGAGAAAUCAAGAACGGGGAAAAGGUGAAGCUGAGACCUUUCAGCACAAGUAAUCACAAAGUGGAAACGAUCGUUAGCUAUAGGCUUGCCGAAUGACGUUAUUCUGAGAACCUUUGUAUUUUUCUUCGAUGUGAUAUUAUGCAACAAAGGGCUUGGCGCAUCAUGGUCGGGUUGUGGCUAUAAUGAGAGAUCACUAU